AUGCCUCGCGAAAACAGCUUCAGCGACUCUGAUGGCCGCUCUCUUACGCCCGACCUGGAAGAGGUCAUAUUUCAAGAAGAGCAGCGCUCUUCGCCAAAGCCAUCUGACGCUGGGCGUCCACAGUUUCCAGAGAUCGACAUAGCUUCUGCGCCAGCAGUAUUGCUUCAAGGGACGACGCUCAAGUCUCCCGUCCGACCGGACAUGGAGGAUAUCACUCGCUCAGCGUAUACGACACCCGGUGACCGUUUUCGCGCAGCGGUACGCAAAGUGAUCACCAUGCACCGCACCACAUCCUCGAUGAUGCUCCUGCGCUCAGGCAUCGGUGCAGAGCCUGGCGUUGAUCCCCGCCGCGCUUCCGCUAACCAGCGGUAUGGAAAUAUCAAACAGCGCUGUGUGAUUGAAGUCGUGGAUUAUUCGACGAUGCGCACAAGUUUUGGGCGUAUGACGAACCAUGAAUUUGUGGAGAUGUUCCGCAACCCGGACGCAAGCAGGAGAGACCCUUGGGUGCGCGUGCGCUGGAUCAAUGUCGCGGGGAUCAGCUGGGACGUGGUCAGCGCUCUGGCGCUGAAGUAUGACAUACAUCCGCUCGCGCUGGAGGAUGUCCUCAGCCAGCGCCGGCAUUCGCGUUCCAAGGUAGACUAUUACCCCCAACACCUCUUCCUACGGAUUCUCUGUCAUUCCCUUGCGGAGAACGAUAAAGUGUCACCUAUGGCUUCGUUGACGGAUCUUCCGCGGUCAGAAUCGCCAGAACCUUACGGAACUGACGAUUCAGAGGAUGAGUCAGAUUCAUUUGUGAGCUCGAGAAAACGCGAGCUGGCAGAAGCACUGGACGAUGCUACUGAAUACGGGAGCGCGAGUAGUUCGCGCUUCUCUACGAAGCGUGGAUUAUUGACCCAUCGAUUUAGCAGCGCACGGCGGAGGAAGGAUGUCGAGAAGUAUCCUCUACAGGACCGAAUGCCCCAGGAUGCGCGGUUCAGCGUCGCCAUGAGCUCUGACGAUAAGAGGAGAAUAGCUGCGAGGGACCUAAAAUUGAUCAAGGAGCUCAAGAAGGGCGACCGGGUCAAUGUACAGAUACAUCCUGUGUGCAUCUUCCUGUUCCGCGACGGCACGGUCCUUUCCAUUAAUAGAGAUACCAACAUAGAUUUUACCGCACCUAUCACGCAACGUCUGCGUCAACGGCACACUGGUCUGAGGACAACCGCUGACCCUUCACUUCUUGUUCAAAGCCUUUUAGACCUGAUGGUUGAUUCGGCUUUAGAAGUGGUGGAGGAGUAUCAAGGCAAAUUUUUGAAGAUUGAGCAGGAAGUUCUGCUUAAACCCAGCAUGAAAACAUAUGCUGACGAAUCUAGCAAAAUAGUGCACAUUUUGCAAGGAGAUCUUAUUUUGCACAGGCGCACGCUAGAGCCGAUUAAGACGGUCAUCUACGGUCUGCGGCGAUACGACGACGACCGUGCGGCCGCAUUGUCCGAGAAAGUCAAUACCAAGACGAGAAUCGAGGGGUACAUGAGCCACAAGGCCAAAAUCUAUCUCGCGGAUGUACAUGACCACAUGGACUGGAUCCUUACAAGCCUGGACAUGUUUGCCGGAGUGAGCGAGAAUCUGAUCAACUACACAUUCAAUGUCAGUGCCCUCUAG